AUGGCGGGUGGUGGUUGUGGGAGCUCGGGCCGACGGCCCGGCCCUGAGCAACGGCCGCGGGGCUGCCGGCGCGCCGUGAGCGGCGUCGCUUGCCAAAUGAGCGGAUUAGGUGCGCGGCGGAGUAGUCGGAGGCGACACGCGCGUCGUCGGCACUGCGGGCCGCCACUGAGGAGGGGCGGCCCGGGACCGCGGCCCGGCCCCGCGCCCCUCGCCUCCCCCCGUCCGCCCUACCGCCAUGUGCCCGGCUCUCGCCCCGCAAAGGGUUGCCGCCGGAGCGAAAUCGCCACUCGGUGCAUUAGAACAAUCUUGCCGGCAACACAGCUCCCUGCGUGUGGAGGGGGCCGAGCCGAGCCGAGUUUCUCCGAAGUUCCGCGAGAGGGGCAACCGAGCCUGUACGAACGCGCACCCGGCGCCGCCCAGUCGAUAAGGCCGUCUCCAUUCGCCAACGAACAAAGACAC